AUGGAUAGAACCGAUGAGUUUGUGAAAAUAAUCCAAACCACGCUCAUUCCUCAGCAAGGAAAGCCUCUUCUUUCAUCUCCAUACAUAGAGGCAUUUGAAAUAGAUACUAUGAUAGAGAGGACGCUUUCUGAAAUAUCCAGAAUGCUGGAUAAGGAAAGAGUAUAUGAGUCGUUUACAUUACAGUCGAAGAUAGAUAGGGCCUCUGAGCUGGUGGGAAAGAUGCGGGAUGUCGCAAGGCUUGAGAUGAGGUGCAGAAAUGAUCAGGAAGCUGCAUCAUAUGCCAAUCUCGAAGGGAUGAUCAAAAACAGAGUGUCGAGAUAUAGUAUAAAAUUGAAGGAAUUCAUCAACAAAAGAAACGAAAGGAGGCAGGCUAUAAGUGAGAGGAGAAAAGAGUUUGACUCCGAGUGCUCUCUGGAGCAUCAAGACACUGUGCUUAUGGAGAGGGAAGUUGUCACAGAAAGAAUCAAGGAAAGACAGAAGAUAUCGAUGCAGAUCAGCGAGAUAGGUCAGAUAAUGGAGGAGAUAAGUAUGCAUGUGUCUCUUCAAGAAGAAAGCUUCAGAAGAAUCGAUGACCUCAUGGCCACCUCGGACUCCCUCAUCUCUGGAAGCCUCGAUCUCAUGAAAAAAACCUGGGCAAAUGUAUCUGGCACACGCCCUGCAAUAAUCAAGUUCAUAGCGUUCUGGGUAGUGCUGGCAUUAGCUUUUUGGCUGCUAAGGAGGUGA